UGUGGUUGAGGUAUAUAAAAAAGAAAAACAUUUUUGAGUUCAGGAAAGUCUUUAAAAAUGUUAAACUUUCAAACCAUUCAGUUUUGUCCCUUAUUUGUAAAGCACCUUGACUCAAACACCGAGUAUCAAGCGCUUAGCAACAAGCAUUUUCUUGAUAACUCUGAAUAGCCGUCGCUAACCGGAUCUGACGUCACGGGCGCGUCACUACACCAAGUCCCAUGAUGAAACGCGGCGCGCGAAACUUCAGAGGAAUAAACAGAGCGAGAUUUUAGGAUUGUUUCAUCGCUACUGAAGACUAAAAAUGAGUAAAAAAGACUCUGGAGCUGCAGACGUCAUCCUGUCUUAUCUGAAUGAGAAAAACAGACCGUACAGCGCCCAGGAUGUGUUCAGUAACCUGCAGAAGCAACACGGACUCGGAAAAACGGCGGUGGUGAAGGCCAUGGAGCAGCUGGCACAAGAUGGCCGGAUCAGAGAGAAGGUCUACGGCAAGCAGAAGAUCUACUUUGCAGAUCAGUCUCAGUUCGCUGAUGUAAGUGAUGCGGAUCUGAAGCAGAUGGACUGCCGCAUUUCAGAGCUGAACAGACAGGUGGAGACGGUGACGCAGAGCUGCAGGCACCUCGAUACAGAGCUGAAGGAGCUGAACAGCUCACUGACCACAGCAGAGAUGACGAGGCAGAUUAAGGAGCUGAAGGAUGAGUGUGAAGGCUACAGAGCUCGACUGCACAAAAUCAAAUCAGCCACCAAUCAUGUCACGCCUGAGGAGAGAGAGAAGGUGUACAAGGAGAGAAGCCUCUAUGUGAAGGAGUGGAAGAAACGCAAGAGACUGGCCACUGAUAUGAUGGGAGCCAUUCUUGAGGGUUACCCGAAAAGCAAGAAAGAAUUUCUGGAGGAGGUUGGAGUUGAAACAGAUGAGGAUCAUAAAGUGACGAUUCCUAACGUCUGACACCGGGGCUGAGAAAAUCCCGAGGCGGUAACGAGCUCUGACUUUAACGGACAGAGUGGAGAUACUCGUGCAUCACUACUAUUAUUAUUUAUGAUGUAUGUGGGUGGAGAAGAACUGCACAGAACUGUAAAUAAGUUUCAACAUUAAACAUUUAUUUUCCGAUUACAAAGAGCAUUCAUACAAAAAUAUUCUGACGGAGAAUAUUCUCUGGUUGCAAUCAGCAGAGAUCUUAAGCACAGAGUGUCUGCGUCUGUGAUGCAUUGAGCUGCGAUUGUGUGGCGCGUCCACAAUAUGGCUAAAGACAGAAAGAGUCCCUUUUCUUCCAGCACAGCAAUGAUUAAACAUCUUUUACUAAAAUAAGUCCUGAAUGUACAGAGCAGUCUGUUUUCCUGAGAACAUUUCCUCAUUUUAUUUUAGUCACCAUCUUAUUUAUUCAAAUAGAGCAUUCAUGUUUGAGCCAGGACUGGGCUUAAUCCGUGGAUGUAAAAAAAUAAAAUAAUAAUAAUAAAAAUGUCUUUGUACUGAAUAAAAUGAGAACGCACACCCAUUUAAAGUCACCCAAAACUUGUUUUAAAGACGAUAAUCUUUUAAAAUUGAAUAAUAAAUAGCUUGACAUGACAACAAAAUGUUUACUCUCAUAAAAAAAAAAAUAUAUAAAAUGCAAAUUAGAAACGCCCCCAAAACUACCAUCAUGCCCCUUGCACUAGUAAACUGGUGCUGUGUAACAUAAUUUGCAUACUGGAACCUGAUUGGCUCUUAUUUUAUGAUGUCAUAACACUUGCUUUCUUUUUUUUUUUUUU